UAGUCAUUAGUCACUAUUUUUUUCCCCAAAAAAUUAGCAACUCCAACAAGUUACCAUACGUUUCAAUUCGAUAUAUAUAUAUAUAUAUACCAAUUGUACGGUGUCCAAAAGGAAAAUUCCGCAGUCUUUUGUGUGUUUCAAUUUCUUAUCAAACACAGAAACUCAAAAACCCAAUCACCAUAAAAUUGGAACAAAGCAUACAGUUAUAAUUCAAACAUCUUUAAGGUUGUCCGCGGACAAAAUGGAUAUUGAUCCUCGGCAAUACGAAAACAUUGCUGUCAAUGACAAUGAUGUUCACAACAUUGUCAUGUCAUAUCUCGCGCAUAAUUGCUUCACAGACACGUUGGAAUCAUUUACUGCCUCCACUGGCAUGAAACAGACUGCUAAUCAUCCCGAGGAUAUAGAGAAGAGAAAAAGGAUUUAUCAUUUGGCGUUAGAGGGGACUGUUUUGAAGGCCAUUGAACUUACAGAGCAGUUUGCUCCUGACUUAUUGGAGAAAAAUAAGGAUCUGCAUUUUGAUCUGUUGAGCCUUCAUUUUGUUGGACUUGUUUGCUCAAGAAAAUGCACAGAAGCUUUGGAAUUUGCGCAGGCGAAGUUGGCUCCUUUUGGGAAGGUGCAAAAAUAUGUUAAAAAGCUUGAGGAUUUCAUGGCUUUAUUAGCUUAUAAUGAGCCAGAUAAGUCACCCAUGUUUCAUCUAUUAAGCUUGGAGUACAGACAGCAAGUUGCCGAUAGUUUGAAUAGAGCGAUACUUGCAAAUUCAAACCACCCCAGCUAUUCUGCGGUUGAAAGGUUGAUGCAGCAGACAACUGUUGUAAGGCAAUGCUUAAGUCAAGAAUCCAGUAAGGAAGGGCACCCACCGUUUUCCUUGAAAGACUUUCUGAAGAGCUAGGUGAGCCAAUUUCUGAACAUGUUUCCAGCACUUGGGAGUAGCAAUUCUGCACCUUGAAGUCCUUUGGCAGCUUGAUUCGCAUUGCCUAGUUUUCGAAUGCAAAAAAUGGAAUGGGUGAUCAUGGAUUCUACGACGUUUUUAAGGCCUCACAAAUCAGCCUUCAGGGCAACUGUGAGAAUAUUAAGUUUUACUGAAUACCGGAAUACCGCUUGUGGCGAUUGUUUAUACUUAAAUGUCAUAAGUGAAUAUGUUGGUCAAAUACUUUGUUUAAAUGAAAAUUCUUAUGAAUGGUCGAUGA